AUGGAUGAGAGGUUUGAUGAUGAUGCGUCGUUUACGUCGUCGUUUACGUCGUCGUUUACUACGUCGUUUACGUCUGCGCGAGGAGGAGGAGGAGGAGGAGGAGGAGGAGGAGGAGGAGGAGGAGAAAAUUUCGACGAAUACGCGCUCGGGUGCCGCCCGUUCGCGUCUCGCACUCCGUGCAGGCACUCGAAACUGAACGAACGCUGCGAAGCCGGGAAGAUCGAUUACUUGGCGUUUUAUUUUUGCACGGAUGACAUCAACGACUACGUGCCGGCGUUUAUGAAAGUGCCUUUACUCGCCGUCUGGGCCGGGAUUUUGUUCAGCGCGAUUGCGAUUGUCGCGGACGUGUUCUUUGCGCCCGCUAUUCGAACGAUUUCGAAAAUGUUUAAACUGCCGGACGACGUCGCCGGGGCGACGUUGUUGGCGUUGGGCGGGUCGGCGCCGGACAUUUUUACGCAGUUGGCGGCGAUGUGUAUCAGCGAGGAACCGGAUUUUAAUUUGGCGAUGAGCGAAUCUGUCGGGGCAGGGAUUUACGUCUGUUCGAUUUGUAAGGCGUUGGCGGUGGUGUUUUCGCCAGGUGGUAGUGGGGUUACCGUGGAAGCGGUACCGUAUUUGAGAGAUUGCGUACACUACUGCGCGUUGUUGUUGAUUUCGUACGCCAUGUGUUCGUACGGUCAAAUUUCGUUCGCGUUUGGAUUUAUGUAUUUAGGUGUGUACGCGUUUUACGUGUGCUUUGUGAUUUACGGGAGACAUUGGGUGGAUGAUUUGAUUCCAAUGAGUUGGAAAGGGGUCGGGAGUGGUCACGGUAGUCAGAGUGGUAAACAUAGCAGCGGGAUGAAGACGGUGAAGAGCCACGUGUUGGAAGACGCGAGCGACGAGGAGGACAAUAAUAAUAAUAGCAUGGAGAUGGCACACGGAGUAGUUGGUCAUCAUCACGGUGGCGGGGAAGACGACGAUGACCAGGUGGAUUUACACAGAAUGUAUGAAAUCACCGACGACGAGGAUUCGGACGAUGAGUACGUGCACUCGCCGAUAAGUUCUCCGAGAGGUGGGGGCGGCGUCGCAACAACGACGAACAAAAAUCUGCACAACUUGAACAGCAAGUUCGCGCAAGGGUCGCAACGCGGCAGUAUUAGCGAUUCGGGCAAUAGAGGAGUUGGAGCGGCUAUUAAAAGUCGAAGACAUUCGGAUGGUUUUUCUUCCGGGCAGUAUUUUUCUUCCCUCGUUUCCUCUUUUCGAAGAUGGUUGUCCAUGCAAUCCGGAGCGAAGAAAUGGUCGGACGAUCCAACGACGUGGUUGACUGGAUGGAUCGUUGUUAUAGUGUCGUUGACUAUGCCAUCUACUAGCCGUGGCCGCGUGCGCCCAUUGCACGCCGCUGUUAUCGCGUUUGUCGCGCCGUUGUUCCUCUUAUACGCCACGGGCAUGUUGGACAUUGUUUUGUUCGGCUUCGAUGGCACGGCGAGAAGUUUACUGGAGAAAAAAAUGAACAAAAGCGCCAACGUUCGAGGACAACACGGUGAAUUACAAUUCUCCGCGUACGCCAUAUUUGCGAUAUGCGCGUUCUGGGCGAGACUCGCGCACGCGAGAACGCCCACUCGAGGCGCCGAUCCGAAAACCUCACCAAUUAUGCUCUUCUGCGCGUUUACGGUCGGCAUCGCCUGGAUGCACAUUUUAGCCGACGAAAUUGUCUUCAUGUUCCAAGCAUUCGGUCACAUCUUCGGUAUUCGAGAAUCUCUUUUAGGUGGCACGUUAAUGGCAUGGGGCGCGAGCGCGGGCGAUUUGGCCGGUAUGCUCGCCGUCGCCAGAAUGGGUCACGCAAAAAUGGCGGUCACCGCCUCCUUAGCCUCGCCGGGAACGCAACUCGCGGUCGGUUCCGGUAUUUCUAUCGUAAUCGUCCGAUUGAGAGGUAUUUCGGUCCCAAUCAAUUUCACGACACCAAUGAAAAUGCUCAUGCAAUACGGCAUCGCAGUCACCGCGUAUUACGUGUUUUUGGUUCCAGUCGUGCACAAAUUUUCAUUCAAGAAGGCGCAAGCGACGAGCAUUGCAAUCACGUACGCGGUAUUUGUCAUCGCCUUCGUCGCCGUCGCCAUGCGCGGCACAGAGUAA